GCCUGAUCAAGCCAGGCGGAUGAAAGUAGAGGCGCACUGUGGGGAGAGAGGAAAAAGUUCUCAACCAGGAGAGGCAGGACUACUCUUACGGAGCCCCUGCAGUCUCACAUUUAUGCCUCUAAAAAGACUUUCCCCUCCAUCAUUUUGUAUUUUUGCUCUGUAAACACUGCUUUUGGGGUUCGAGGGGAGAAAUCCUACUUUUUUUUUUUUCUUUUUUUUUUUUUUUUUUUCUUUUUUUUCUAACUUAAGUCAAAGCACCAGCACCAUGGAGCUGCUCUGCCUCGAAAUGGACACCAUCAUACGAGCUCGUCCCGAUCCGAACCUCCUAUGCGAUGACAGAGUUCUGCAGAGCUUAUUGACCAUAGAGGAGAGGUUUCUACCCCAAUAUUCUUAUUUCAAAGGCGUCCAGAAAGAUAUCCAGCCGUUUAUGAGGAGGAUGGUCGCGACUUGGAUGUUGGAGGUUUGUGAGGAGCAGAAGUGCGAGGAAGAAGUUUUUCCCUUGGCCAUGAACUACUUAGACAGAUUUUUAGCCGUGGUACCCACCAAAAAGUGUAACCUGCAGCUGCUUGGAGCAGUGUGCAUGUUUCUUGCAUCCAAAUUGAAAGAGACUCGUCCAUUAACCGCAGAGAAGCUUUGCAUCUACACAGAUAACUCCAUCAGACCACAAGAACUGCUGGAGUGGGAACUGGUGGUGUUGGGGAAAUUGAAGUGGAAUCUGGCAGCAGUGACACCCAACGACUUUAUCGAGCACAUCGUGAGGAGGCUGCCGCUGCCUGAGGAUAAGCUGGCACUUAUACGCAAACAUGUCCAGACUUUCAUUGCCCUCUGCGCCACAGAUUUCGGAUUCGCCAUGUAUCCUCCCUCCAUGAUUGCCACAGGAAGUGUGGGAGCAGCGAUCUGUGGCCUACAGCUAGAUUCAGCUGACCAAUCACAGUGGGGCGACAGUCUGACAGACCUGCUGGCAAAAAUCACAAACACAGAAGUGGAUGUUCUCAAAGAGUGCCAGGAGCAGAUCGAGCGUGUGUUGGUGAGCAGUCUGCGCGAAGGGCGGCAGCAGCAACAGCAGCAGCAGCAACAGACGCAGCGAGGCCCCAGCGGCAAAGGUCUGGACGAGCUGGACCAGUCCUCCACCCCGACAGACGUCCGCGAUGUCAACUUGUGAACCACCAGAGGGCAUCAUUGCACGGGAUUUACAGAAAAAAAGCAUCAUGAAAAAAACCCUCAAUUUUCUUAAAAGCAGAAAAAAAGAACAAAAGAACAAAAAUUAAAAAAAAAAAACACAAGCUUUUAAAGAAAAAGAACAAUGCUUGCUAGUUUUUUUUGUAGAUUUUCUGUUCUUCAAGUCAAAACACCUGCCCUCGAAAUAGAUUUUCUAUGAUGUUCUAGUUCUAAAAGCCACAAAUUUGAUACAACAUGAAGCUUUUUUGGUGCCUUGGAUAUACAGAAGGGAAGCCAAUCAUAUUUGCAUUCUGCCUUUGAUUGUAUAGUAUGAUCUUUAAGUUAUAUUUUAACCAUAGCUUGAUUAUGAGGCUAUUAAGUUGUGGAAACCAUUCAGAAAUUGCUUUCGUGGGAUCACAGUGAGGGUUUUUUUUUUUUUUUUUCUCUGUUUGAGUUCUAUCACUUUUAUAUUUGUGGCUGGUAAAAAGAAGACUCGUAUUUGAGCUCCAUCGGUCCACAUGGAUGAGACAAACAGAGAACACGAUCUAAAAAAAUCAAGGGUCCCAGUUCCAUGGAAUAGAUGGGAUUCUAAUUAUUAUGGUUAGUAUUAGUAAUAAUUAUUAUUAAUAAUAUUAUUGGUCAUAUUUGAAAUGAGUAGUAGAAAUCAAUAAGCUCCUUUUGUCAGGCUGCUUGUGAGUGUGUCUGUAUGUGAGUGGGUAUGGCGGUGUACACACAUGCCUAUGUAUGUGUGUGUGUGUGUGUGUGUGUGGAUGGUGUGAAUGCUACAUGUGUAUCUAUAUUAGCAGUGUGCAUCCUAAGGUGAGAGGCACUUGAGCAAAUGUUUGAGUCAAGUCGUAGACAGUGCAGUUUAAUGUUAAAAUAUUACGGAGCCAGCCGAGGCUACACAUACUUUGUCCAUCAGUAUAACAGGGCAUCUAUGCUAUAUCACUGCCUUCAUGCAUUAACAAUGUAUCAUGGUUCAUUGUUAGUCGACAAUAAACUCAUGUGCAAAGGACUAUGAGUGAGACAGAAAAGGAUUUUUAAAAAAAGAUGAUACGGGCGAAGAGACUUUCACUUACAGCCCCUUAUGUUUCUUAGAGCAUUUUUUCUGAGGUGUGUUGCACCUCAGACUCAGAGGUCAGGAGAGGUGUGUGUUCAUAUCUGCUAUUCUGUUAAUGAAAUGUUGCCAGAUACUUUUUCACAUUGUUACAAUAUGGUGUUUCCUUAGUUGUGAAGGGCUGCUUUGACAGAGGAGUAACGACCUCUCACAUGGGCAGAAUGUGUGACUCAUGUGAAAACCAGCAGAGGGCGAUGUCCUGAAGAGUCUAAAGAUGGUGCUUUACAAAAAAGAAAAAAAAAAGAUGUGUGGAAGGACAUUAGACUCAUCUGUAUUAGCAGGGAAGGAAUUAGGUGUGGAGUGGAAAGGGUUGGAAAGCGCAGGUAUUGCAACUAAGAAGUCACUGUUGAACUGUGGAAGGCGCAUUAGUGCAUGACACAGGAUGGUAGGACAGAGAGGAGUUUAGCGGUGCAGGAGCAUGCUGCUGUGAAGGAGACGAUGAUGUACAGCCAGGGGCUGGAAAACGAUUACAAACAGGCUGCCCAAACGCCUCACUAUGUCACAUUGAUAUCUGAAAAUCUUGACAGAAUCAACACAUGCGUCUUGCAAUGGAUGUCAAAUGAACAAAAAAAUGGUUCCAAAUACAUGGAAAUUAAAUGAGGAACUAAGACUGUACGACCAUGUGAGGAUGAACUUUCUUGGGGGUGUUAGAAGAGAACAUGAUGAGAAAAUACUGUCAAUGCAUCUGGAGUCCCACAUAGGGUUGUUUUCAGCUCCCCUAUAUGAUUUCAAUGGCAAAGCACUUUGAAAACAUGCUCCCCAGGAGAUAAGUAAAAUGAAAUGCGUGGUGAUUGGAGAUGAAUGGAUGUUUCCUUUUUCCUUGUUAGCCUUUUCUUUGGUUUACUUUGUAGGGCUGGUUUCCCAAUCGUCAGACAUACCCUUGUCAAGCAAGAGUCAAAUUUUAAAGGCUUUCCACAACUUACGAUGAGAGGACAUUCCGAUUUAAAAAAAGAAAAAAGAAGAAAAAAAGAAAAAAAAAAACAUUCCUGUUGGAGCAAAAUGCUGUUGUGGAGUCUGGCUGAAAAUCUGUAAACGAAACAGCAAGAUGAAUUGGAAAAGAUUCACUGACCCAUGGGUUCUGUUUUAUUUUUUUAUUACUUUAUCAAGAAAUGAAUUAUUUGUUUUACUUGAAUUUUGUUUUCUUCUUAUUUAUCUGCAUCACAGCCACAGAUAGUCACACAGGGCGAGCAGUGAGCUACAAGAAAGGGUGGUCGAACAUCCAAUAUUUGCACAUGUUCUUCAGAGGGCAAUGAGGUUUGCAAUUGUAAGACAGAGCAGAGCCUCUGGUCAAAACCACCUUAAUGAUGUGUGUUGUAGUGGUUGGUCAGUUUAUUAUUAUUUUUUUCUUCUUUUUUUAUGGUGCUGGCUUGUAAUUUGCUCAGAUGUAAGCCUAUUGCCUGUCAAGUCAACACAUCUUUCCCCUGUGUGCUUUGCUGCUUCAAGUCAGUUUCGUGGGGGUUUAACCAUCAGGCAGACAUCAGCACAAAACAAGAGCAGCAACGUGUCUUUGACUUAUGCUUGAGUUUUUUUCAUGACGGUAUGUGACUUUGCUGAGUGUAUGUUUGUCAGACUAGAGACAACUGGGGGGAUCUAGAUUUUAGCGAUGUUUUUCAGUAAAACUGGGCAAUUUAAUUUCCACUUGCCAAAACAUCCCUGUCUGAAUAUUUGAUACGACCCCCUUCAUUCUGCCUCUGUUUGCCUGAUGUAAGCUCUCUCCCAAACUUAAUGGUUGUGAUUUUCUUUCCUGCAAUUUGUUGUUGCAUGUGUUAUGUAUUGAGACCACCCUUUCAAUUUGUGUUUGAUAUAUUUUAUGGGGUGACCAGACCCACAAAAGGGUUUUCUAAGAUUUAGAGAUACUGUAUUCCAAAGUGAAGAGAGGACAGAGGAGGAGGUGUGAAGACAUCAAGAAAAAAGUGUCAAUAUUUUUAUUGAGUUUUUGUUGUCUUUUUGCGCUGCUAAAAGCUAUGAAUUUGUUUCAUUUAUACAAAAAAUAACAUUACCUAGUUGUGAUGUGUCACUUGAGUGUGCUGCUAUUUUAUAAACAUUUGUAUUAUAAUAUAAUUAUUUUACUGCUUAAGAGAUACAUUCAGAAAAACGAAGUAGAUGGUGAUAGAAGAACAUGAAAUGAGUAUUCGACUGGAAAUGUUCUUUGUACAGUUUGACAGUUUGCUUAGAUAGCAUGUCUCCUUUUCCCCCUUUUUUUUUUAAAUCUAUUUUGCUCUCCUUCUUCGGUCACAUUCUGCAUCAGUGGUAUUUCCUAUACCUCAGGAUUACUGGACAAAAUAAACACAAACCAAUUCAUCGCCUAUACCUCUGUCGUUAGGGAGCCUGGAACAGAGAAGAAAGAAAACUGAGGUGGAAAAGAAAUAUUUGUGGAUGAUUCUCUUUGAUUUAGUGUGGAAACACCUUACUCAGUGAGACGGGAAAUAGAAAAUAUGCAAGGCUCCCACUUGGACUUGAUGUAUAUUGGAGGGGGGGUUUGGUGGGGAGGGGGACAUGAUAACAUUGCAGCAUUGUGUUUGGGUAUUUGUACCGGAGACAUUUGUGUUUAUGUUGGUGCUACAUCUGAUUUGUUGUGUGCAGGGGAGGGAAAACCAGCAUUCCUAUGACAGCCAAAGUACAGCUGUUGCUUUAUACAACUACACUCACUCUUGAAUGUCAGUAAAUAUGGAUUCUGUAAGUGAGAAAGAUAUGCUUUGGUCUGAAAUAUUCUGCGUGUAUACUAUUGUAACUACCACAAAAGAAUAAGUUGAGCUACACCUGUCAUUUCCAACCAUAAAUAUUCUGAUAUCUGGAAAUUUCAAUGGUGCAGAUUUCCCUUUGAGUGCCUCCCCCCCUCCACUAUAACUCAUAUUAUGUACCUCAAAUGUCUGUUGCACAACCUCUGUUCAAUAAAUUUCUGCUUUAAAGGGUGUGACACCACAUCAA